AUGAGCUCCACACCUGCGACGGGCGUCCCCAGCAUGGCGAGGAACGGCCCACCAUCGCUCGAGAAGAAGCCGGUCAAGUUUAGCAAUUUGUUGCUUGGUGCUGGUCUCAACAUAGUGACAACUCUGGGACAGCCGUUGGAGGUCGUCAAGACUACCAUGGCUGCCAACAGGUCUGAAGGCUUCUCGGGAGCCAUUGGUCGCAUCUGGGCGCGUGGAGGUGUCCUUGGAUUCUACCAGGGUCUCAUUCCAUGGGCCUGGAUCGAAGCCUCCACCAAAGGAGCCGUCCUUCUCUUCGUCGCUUCCGAAGCCGAAUACUAUGCCAAGUCGUUCGGCGCGCCCGAUUUCCUCGCCGGUAUCUCUGGUGGAAUGACGGGUGGUCUCGCUCAAGCCUAUGCCACCAUGGGUUUCUGCACUUGCAUGAAGACGGUCGAGAUUACAAAGCACAAGGUCGCAGCCACCGGCGCGAAGCCUCCCGGUACGCUCGAGACGUUCAUGGGAAUCUGGCGUGCGGAGGGUCUUCGCGGUAUCAACCGUGGUGUCAAUGCCGUCGCGGUGCGCCAGGUCACCAACUGGGGAUCUCGCUUUGGUCUGUCCCGUGUUGCGGAAACCGGUAUUCGCAAGGUUAUGGACAAGCAGCACGGCGAGAAGCUUAGCGUGAUUGAGAAGAUCACCGCUUCGGCUCUCGGUGGUGGUUUGAGUGCGUGGAACCAGCCUAUUGAGGUUAUCCGCGUGGAGCUUCAGUCCAAGACUGUUGACCCCAACCGCCCCAAGAAUCUGAAUGUUGCAUCUGCGUUCAAGUACAUUUACUCGAACAACGGUAUCAAGGGUCUUUACCGUGGCGUUACUCCUAGAAUCGGUCUUGGCGUUUGGCAGACGGUCUGCAUGGUUGCUCUGGGCGAUGUUGCCAAGGAGGCCGUUGAGAAGCUCACUGGCGACAAGUUCGCCGAUGGUGUCGCGCCUCCGGAUUUGCGAGGUUGGCGUUGCGACUUGACGGCCCUUUCGCAUCAACAUAACCUCUAUUUUCUUGCCUCUGUCGAUGAGCUUCAUGUUUAUCAACCAAGCUUUCCCGACCAGAGCUUAUCUGAGAAGCCUGAGCUUGUGUUUCAUCCGCCAAAAUCUGGCACUCGUGGGUAUGGAAUUGACCCCUCAAACCCUCACUCUAUCACUCGCAUCUUGGUCGAUUAUCUUGGCAACGAAGAGAUACUUAUGCUGGCCUGCGACGAUGGCGACGUUGUUAUAUAUCGAACUCGAGAGAUUCACCAAGCAUUGGAACGGCGUACCAACGUGCAGGAGCCUGCCAACGAGGACGGUAUCCAUGUGUUUUUCCACUGCAAUGUCGGUAGAAGUGCAUGGGGCUUGGCUGUACAGCGCAAGACUCGCAUGAUCGCGAUUAGUGCGAACACUCAUCAGAUAACGAUAGUCGCGUUCGCGCUCGCUUCCGAUAGCGAAUUGGAUGUCUCAGACCACGGUACCAACCUUGGUUUCCCGCAUAGUAGAAGAGAGGACGGUAUCUUUACCCUCCAGGCGACAAACAAUGUUCCCGCAGUAUCGUUCUACGGUGACUCCGGUCGCUGGCUCCUGAGCAGCUGCAUUGAUGGGAAGACGUCAAUGUGGGAUUUACAUACCAAACAAGAGGUGGCUACAUUCCAGCUAGGCUGGUGCGCAAGCGCGAGCGAUCUCUCGACGCCGCCUCGCUACACAAGUCACAGGUUCCUGUGCAACUGUCCAGGCGCGCAAAAUGUCCUUCAUGGAGCCUGGGGCACUAUAUCGUUGGAUACACGAUCCGCAUACGAGUUGCCGUUGGACGAAGACAUGACUGCAAGUCCAAAACAUAGCUCGAGCGACUUCCUAGAUGUCUCCGACCAGAAGAAACGUUUCAAGGUUUCCGAAAGCACCUCUCAUCAGUAUCAUCCCGACAUAGACGACGAAGAUUACAGUACAGAUGACGAAGAAAUCGAAUUUGGUAUAAGCGAGACGCUGUUGUCUUCAAUUCGACCCGAAACAUCGCGCAGCCCUAACAGAGCGCCGUACCGCCUGAUCAAAGACUCGAGGCCCAUCGCAGGACGGAUGGACGGUCCAUUCCUGAUCUUCACCAAAGAGGACAUAUUCCUCAUCCAAGGCCUUUCCGCAACGCUACUCAAUGUACCUCUCAAUCCCAUCGUCGCGAUAAGACGACCGCUGCAUCCGGGCCGAUGGAUAGACUCCCUUAUGUCAUGCGACCGACACUGCUUCUUCUCCCAGAUACCCGAGCUGGGCAUCUUCAUAGUCGGAUCUCCGGCCGGUCGUGCCAGCGUCUUUAGUCUGUACUAUACCAAAGAUAAGAACACUGGGGAGCCGCGGUAUGGCUUCAGACUUGAAUAUCUUCUGCCGUUUCGGUCAGGCAACGAGACGGAGAUAGCGGGAGGGCCGAACGAACGGCUGCUUGGUGUGGCAGUCGCGCCUGUACAAGGCAUGUUUGACACUCCAGAAGAUAUCGAAGUACCAGAUCAAGGGGGGUUGCCCCAGCCUCGCCGAUGGCGCUUGUUGAUGUACUACAUGGAUCAUACUGUAUUGAGCUUUGAGUUGUCGAAGCGGAGGGUGGGCGAGUCGCCAAGCUUGGCUGAUAUGGUCGUUUAG